GAAGAUAUAAUUACAAGAAUGCAGGAUGACAAAGCAGGUGGAGUUCCCAUCCGAACAGUCAAGAGCUUUCUGUCUAAAAUCCCCAGCGUCGUCACAGGUACUGACAUUGUACAGUGGCUCAUGAAGAACCUCAGCAUCGAGGACCCAGUGGAAGCAAUACACAUGGGAAGUCUUAUAGCAGCACAGGGCUAUAUCUUUCCAAUCUCAGACCAUGUUCUUACUCUGAAAGAUGAUGGGACUUUCUAUCGUUUUCAGGCCCCAUACUUUUGGCCUUCAAACUGCUGGGAACCAGAAAAUACAGACUAUGCCAUCUAUCUUUGCAAGCGGACCAUGCAGAACAAAGCUAGGCUGGAGCUGGCGGAUUAUGAAGCCGAAAACUUAGCAAGACUGCAGAGGGCUUUUGCAAGGAAGUGGGAAUUCAUCUUUAUGCAAGCAGAGGCCCAAGUGAAAAUUGACAGAAAAAAGGAUAAAACUGAAAGGAAAAUUUUGGACAGCCAGGAAAGAGCAUUUUGGGAUGUACAUAGGCCAGUGCCAGGCUGCGUGAACACAACAGAAAUGGACAUCAGAAAGUGUCGCCGUAUGAAAAACCCACAGAAGGUCAAAAAGUCAGUAUAUGGGGUUACAGAAGAUUCUCAGUCCCAAAGCCCUGUACAUAUGCCCUCCCAACCCGUACGAAAAACUACAAAAGAGGACUUCCGAAAAAAAAUAACCUUUCUGAAUGUGCAGAUAGACAGACACUGUUUAAAAAUGUCCAAAGUAGCUGAAAGUUUAAUAACUUACUCAGACCAGUACAUUGAAUAUGAUCCAUUUAUAACUCCUGCUGAACCUUCCAAUCCCUGGAUAAGCGAUGACGCUACUUUAUGGGACAUAGAAAUGAGCAAAGAGCCCAGCCAACAACGUGUGAAAAGAUGGGGCUUUUCUAUAGAUGAGGUGCUGAAAGAUCCAGUGGGGCGAGACCUGUUCCUUCGUUUUCUGGAGUCCGAAUUCAGUUCAGAAAACCUCAGGUUUUGGUUGGCUGUCCAAGAUCUCAAAAGACAACCUUUGCAGGAUGUAGCCACCAGAGUGGAGGAAAUCUGGCAAGAGUUUCUAGCUCCAGGGGCACAAAGCCCUAUCAACCUGGACUCUCACAGCUAUGAGAGAACAAGUCAAAACGUCCAAGAUCCGGGGAGAUACACGUUUGAAGAUGCCCAGGAGCACAUUUACAAGCUGAUGAAGAGUGACAGCUACGCACGUUUCCUCCGUUCUAACACAUACCAAGACUUAUUGCUGGCGAAGAAGAAGCCAGAGAAUGAGCAAGGUCGUAGAACUUCUCUAGAAAAGUUCACUCGCAGUGUGGGAAAGUCUCUGGCAGGCAAGCGCCUCACAGGCCUGAUGCAAUCCUCCUGACAGCCUCAGCUGGACACGCAGUUCCUGACAUCCCUGAAGGACAGCUGCACUCCACCUCCAUGGAGGAAGUUUCAUUUUGGGGAGAAUGGGUCACUGUGAGAGAGAGUGCGAAUGAAAGCAAGGGGAGACAAAGGAGCGCAAGGUGGAGAGAUCAGCUCACCGGAGGUUCCUCUUUUCAUAGUUUACAUCAACACUUUCUUACUUGUACAGCUUUGUAAUGACACUGAGUUCUAUAAAGGUACUUUGGUUCCUA